AAGAAAAGUAAAAUUUCGCGCCACGAAAGGUUGUCUUCGAAAGUUGUACUAUGCCUAAUGAAAAGGAAUCCUCAACUAGUCAGAGUUCACCAUCACGACCUCAACGAUCAGGCAACAAACAUCUUGCAGAAAAUUUGACAAAAGAUGAAUUGCUAAAGCGUUUGAAAAAAAUAGCACAAAAACUAAGUGAUGCUGAACAAGGAGAAAACCUUGAAGAUUAUCAUGGAACAGUGACAGUUUUGGCCAAACCAUUUAUUUUGAGGCAUUCAGACAAGGACAUUCGAUUUUAUGCCGCAUGCUGUUUGGCAAAUGUUUUCAGAAUUUAUGCACCAAAUGCUCCUUAUGAUGAAAAGCAACUAUGGACAAUAUUUAACUUGAUCAUCACUCAACUGGAAGGAUUAAAAAAUGCCAAAACGAAAGGCGAAAAGGGUAUAUCUUAUGAAAAAUUGUUCAACCUUUUAGAGACCAUUUCCAAAGUGAAGAUAUUUAUUCUGUGUGUUGAAAUGCAGUUUACCGACCUCAUUACUAAGUGUUUUACAGUUUUUUUUAAGAAUGUGAGAGACGAACACAGCAAUAAAGUAAAAAAUUUCAUGUUGGACAUUUUGUCAAGCAUUAUUGCCGAGUCUGUAACCCUACCACCAGGACUUAUUGACACCAUUUUGGAAAAUAUUGUCAGUCCAAAUAAGUUGACAAAUCAUGCUGCGUAUGAGUUGGCGUGUUCAUUAAUUGAGAGAUCAUCAUCUUCCUUAGAGCCACAUAUACUGCUGUUUUUCAACAAUUCGCUGUUUUUUGACAAAGCAUCAGAGUCUAGUUUGGAAGAUGUUAUCUACGAUAUUAUUUUCGAGCUUUACAAAGUCUGUCCGUCUAUUCUUCUUUCCGUUUUGCCACAACUUGACUGUAAAAUCAAGAGUUUAGAGAAAAAUGACAGAAUCCAAGUUGUAGCAUUACUUGGAAAGAUGUUCUCAGAUAAAGACUCCAAUUUAGCGCAAUCUCAUAAACUACUAUGGCAUUCAUUUCUCAACAGAUUUGUGGAUAUCGAAACCGAUGUAAGAGUAGAAGUGACACAACACAUCAAGUGUAUCCUUGUGAAUCAUCCAGAGUUGACGUCUGAUAUAACAGAAAAGUUACUUCAUCGACAUAGAGACCCAGAACAAAGAGUGCGUUUGGAGGUUGUUUAUGCCAUUUGUGAAGCUGCAUCUGUAGAUGUUAAUAAUAUACCGGACGAGCUUUAUGAAGUUCUUGUAGAACGUUUACGUGAUCGAAAGUUUGAGGUCAGAAAAGAGACAAUGAUGGCGCUCGGAAGAUUGUACAAAAAAAUCUCCUCGGGUGAUAUAAGUGAAAGCGAUGCAAAAAAGAUGUCAUGGAUUCCGACUAAAAUUUUACAUUGUUAUUACAACAACUUAGCUGAAGAUCGUAUUCAUGUUGAACGUGUAUUCCUUGGCUGUCUUGUGCCUAUUUCUUUACCAAAAAAAGAAAGAAUGAGAAGAUUAUUUGACUCUUAUCUAACUUUGGAUGACAAUGCAAUUAGGUCGUUCAACCAUAUGUUUAAAACUCAAGCCAGUCUACGUUCAGAUAUGAAUGAUGUUCUAAGAUUGUGGGAAGAACAUGAAAAUAUUAACACUGAACAUACUAGGAAGUUGCUGACAGAAAAAAUCACCGGAAUUGCAGCAAUUCUUCCAGAACCUGGGAAAUCACUUCAACAUCUAAAAUCGUUGGUGAAAAAGUUUACUGACAAAAAGUUAUUCGAAUCAUUGAAGACAUGUUUCGAGACUGGACAAGACUGUUCAAAAGUCACAGAAGCUGUGAAAGAAGUUGUUGUAAAGUUUGGUGCAAAGAAUCCAUUGUAUGAUACCAUUAAAGUCAUCUUAGACAGAGCGGCACCUUUGCUAAUUGAUAAAUCAUGUGCUAAAGAACUGGUUACCUUGGCUACAGAUACCGUAAAUAUCGACUCCCAAGAUGAUGAGGAUCUUGAUAGUGACAGUUCUAUAGGAAAUGACGUCACUGAGGGGAAAAAGUUUGAUCUACUUAUGACUUGUGUCACCUAUUUUCCUGCUGCUUUCAAAUUUCCUUUGAUAUUUGAAAAUCUCCUGAUUUAUUUAAAGAAAAAUGAUUUUUAUGUUGGUUUUGCUUUGCGGAUAUUUGUACUGAUUGGCAAAGAUAUCGAAGAAAUUGAUUCAACUUUAUCUUCUCACUUUCAACAAGCGUUGUUGAAGAUAUUUACAAAAGGAAAACCAUCGCAAGUAAAGCUUACUGCUCGAAUCAUCGCUAAAACAUUUUCAAAUGCAUCAAAUAUUUUUCAAAGAAUUAUGGAGAAUUGUGUGGAAAAACUUAAAUUUGAAUCAACUUCUAUCAUCUCGACGUUGUAUUGUAUUAGCGAGAUUGCUCUUCACGCACCAGAAAUAUUUGAACCUUAUCAUACGGCUGUCGUGAGAGAUUUUGUUUUAAAGGAGUUGUUAUUGAAAGAUCGAGGAAAUGUCGUUAAACGAGGUGCUUUAUGGUGUAAAAAGGAAGACUUGUCAAAAGAAGGGAAAGCAAAGAUUCAAGGAUUAAAGAUAAUCGUAAACUGGCUUCGCGGUGAAGCUGAUGCAAACCAGGAAAGAGUUCAACCUGUUGUCGCAAUGUUAAAUAAAGCGAUAAAACUCGCUGGAGAUAUUAAUGAUUCUCAAAGAAUUCGACCUUGUGAAAUGUCUCACAUAAGGUUGACGGCUGCCUGUGGAUUAUUAAAGCUUGCUUGUGUGUCAGCUUAUCAUGAAUAUUUGGAUAUGAAGAGUUUACAAUUAUUGACAACAAUUGUUACGGAUAAGUGUACAGAUGUUCGACAAACAUUUGCUACAAAGUUAUCAAAAGGACUUGACUCAUUUAGUUUACCACUCGAGUAUCUUGCUCUUUUCUCGUUUUAUGGUAGAGAUUCAACUGCUUUAAAACAACGUACAAAGCAAAUGUUGUUGAGGAACAUUCAAUUAAGAAACGAAUGGUUACGAAGGCAGAAAACUACCCCAGAAGGUUCCAUAUCUGUUCUGCCGGAGUACGCUAUGCCGUAUCUUAUCUACCUGCUAUCGCAUCUUCCCAAUCAUGAUUACACCAAAAGUGAUGAAUUGAAUUCAGUCAAAGACUUCUUGUGGUUUUUCAUGGAAUCUAUCUUGGCUCGUGGAGACAACUAUAAUUUUCUCAGAAAGCUAGCGGAGAACAUAAAACAAACAAAAGAUGCAAAUGAUGAAACCGAGAACUCGUCUAAAGCAAUCUACGUGGUAUGUGACAUUGUCAUCGGAAUAAUUGUUGGUCUUUCAAAAACCCAAACGUCAAUGCCUAAAGAUUUUAUGGGAAACAUAGUCUUGCCGAAGAAAUUAUUUGCCAGAUUAAAUAAGAAACAAAGAAAUGAUCAGUCUUAUUUACCAAAAUCUUUUGUUUUACCACCAAUGAAGAAAACAGGAAAUGUCGUGCCCAAGAUCACACCGAGUAAAAAUGGCGUUAAAUCAACUUCCUCGACCAAUAAAAAAAUCACAUCACCUCAGAAAUCUAAAAGAGUAUUAGAUCCAAAACCAAAGACCAAAAAGAUUCAAAAAUCUUUGCUAAGCAUGAUGGAAAAGAAAGUUGCCAAUGACGGGAAUACCGACACAAGUGAAGAUGAUACAUCACCACGAGGAGAAAUUAGUAAAGAUAUUUCGUAUGAAGAUGAAGACGACGAUGACGAUGAAGAAACAUAUACAAAACUUUCUCCAAGGAAGAAAAUGAAAAUAUCAAAUGAUGAUGGAAAAGACUCAAGACGACCAAAUUCUUCAAGGAACGAUGAAGCAAGAAAAAAAAGGGGAAAACAAUCACCAACAAAGGUUAUGAAGGAAGAAAGACCGACUCGAUUCUCGCCACGAGGAAAGGGAAAAUCGACAACGAAGAGCGAUGAAAUGUCAACGGAUUCGCAAGAACACGAAGAUCAUCCUGAUCGCAAUUCAAAAAUACCCAUUGAUAAAAGGUCGAAAGAUUCAUUUGCUGUUGACAAUGAUAAAAUGCACGGCAAAUCGCUUGAUGCUGUUUUGAUGGAAUCAAAUACCCACAAAUCAGUGCAACGUCAUACGAAAAACAUUAAAAUUGGACGAAGCAACGGUGAAGAAGAACCGAUGGAGCAGUCUUCUUUAUUCAUUAAACGCAAGAGAAAGGCAAGAUGAACUGGUCAUACUAAGUAAUUGUCGUUGAUUUUUAACUGUAUAAAUAUUAUCCUUCAUAAAAACAUUUAUUGUUGUUAAACACAGAGAUUAAAUUGUUUUACCAACUAUCAUGUAAGUUCAUUUUUUGAAAAUAUAUAAUAAAUGUCAAUAAAUGUCUCAGUCAUUGAAA